AUGACUGAGCCUCAGGGCUCCAGCCCUCCUGUUUCAUGCCAGGAGCUCUGGCCAGUGAAUGGGAUAAAGUCUCUCCUUCCGGUCGCUCUUCUCAAUGGGAAGAUCCAAGUGCACCAGAAUGGCUUCUCCAUGAAAGUUGCCACUGAUUUUGGGGUGGAGAUUUCCUAUGAUGGGAUUCAACAUGUGGAGGUCACCGUGCCCUCGACUUACCAUGGCUUCACCUGCGGCCUGUGCGGGACACUGACGGGUGACCCCUCCGAUGACUUCCAGACUCCAAAUGGCACCUUAGUCACGUCAGCUGCUCUCUUUGCCACAAGUUGGCAGGUGAAGGGUGACAGGCGCCAGUGUGUGGAGGACCAGGAGCUGCCUUCUUGUCCCACUGCUGAACGGGCUCAUUAUUCUGGCCAUGACUACUGCGGCAUUAUGAAAAUGUCUCCAGGCCCCUUCACAGCCUGCGCUCAGGCCCUAUCCCCCGCAGGCUUGGUGGAAAACUGUAUAUAUGACCUCUGCACGUCCAGGGGGAAUCGGACUGUGCUGUGUGGGGUUCUGGGUGCUUAUGCAGAGAGCUGCCAGGUGAAUGGAACCCUGGUCAAUCUUCCCCUAGUCCUUGCAUCGGGUAAACUCUAUGCCUAUUUCAGUGGCUCAUCUGCUGUGGUUCAGACGGAUUUUGGCCUUUCUGUAUCCUAUGACUGGUCCUACUAUGUGUUGGUUUCUGUUUCUGAAGCCUAUUCUGGGUUCCUCUGUGGACUUGGUGGAGACUUCAAUGGGAACCGGAGCGAUGAUUUUCGAACCCCAAGCGGUUCUGUGGUCCAUGACGCUGUCACCUUUGGCAAUAACUGGAAGGAUGCCGAUUCCUCCUUUCACUGCACGGCCACUGGGCUCCCAGCCCAAUGUAACGAAGUAGAGCUAGUCCAAGUGGAAGUGAAGAAUGGAAACCUGCCCCAUGUUCCUGUGGCUGUGACCUCGGAGGUGUUUGUCCUUGUGAACAAGACUGAGAUCCAUCUGCAGAGAGGGCAGCACGGGACAGUCAAGAUUGAUGGGGUGACUCUGACUCUCCCGGUGCAUCUCAAGAGAAGAGGAAUCAUCAUUUAUCAGGAUGGGUUUCAUACAGUUGUGCAAGCCAACUCUGGUCUGAGUGUGAGCUAUGACCUGGCCCACAGCCUCUUUGUCAGCCUCCCCCCUGAGUACCGAGGCCAGACCUGCGGGCUUUGCGUGAACUUCAACGGAGCGGCUGAGGAUGAUUUUGUGAUGCAGAAUGUCUCCCAUGGGAAGGGACGCCUUCCAUUGGCUUUGGCUGAGAAGUCUGAUGAUGUCCAUGGCUGUGACAACGGCUGCCCUGAUUCCUGCCCUUUGUGUGAAGAUGAGGAAAGUCUGGUGCAGUCCAAGUCCCGGUGCUGGGUGAUUCAGGACCCUGAUGGGCCGUUCUCCGCUUGCCACUCCCAGAUUGACCCAGCCACCUAUCUGUCUGAUUGCAUCUUUGACCUAUGUGUGUCAGGAGGGGAGAGGCAUGCCCUGUGCGAGUCCAUUCAGACAUACGCAGCCGCCUGCCAGAGAGCGAAUGUCACCAUCUCACCUUGGAGGAAUGAGUCUUUCUGUGGUAAGCAGCACUGUGUUGGGGACUUUCUCUGGCUCGCUGAUUGCACCCAAAGGUGCAGCUGUGACGGCCUUUUAAAUUUUCACUGCGUCCCCGCCAGCUGUAACCCCGGCCAGCAGUGUGCUGUGAAGGAUGGGAAGUUGGGCUGCCAGAGCCAGCUGACCACCUGCACAGUGACAGGGGACCCUCACUACUUCACCUUCGAUGGGGCGGUGGCCCAUUUCCAGGGCACGUGCGCCUACGAGAUCUCGCACACCUGCAACUCCUCCCUCGACUUCUCCUUCCGGGUGGUGGCCACAAACAGGAAUUUCCGGAAUCCCCGGGUCUCCUUCAUUUACCGAGUGGAACUUUGGCUCAGAACUGGCCAUUUUCAUUCCCAUGUUGUUCUGGAGCGAGGGAAAGAUGUUCUGGUGAGUUGAGCUCUUUGA